AUGUAUAGUCCAUUUACUAUAGAUAAUGCAUUCUACCGAUCCAAGUCUGGUACAAAUCCAUCGAAGGUGGACGUUGGCGACUUCGUUCUGGAGAGAAUCGAUUCAAAAAACGUUUACUUGUUAGCAGGAUCCAAACUAGUGGAGAAUAUUGACAGGUAUCCACCAAAGAUGGUCCGCUCUGUGUAUUGGUAUAAUUUGGUUUUCCGUCGUCACAAUAUUUAUUACGUGACUCGAAUGGCAAUGCCAUUGUUCACUAUUAGCUGCUUGACGUACGCUUUUUGCCUUCUACAUUCCCACCACGGCUUGAUCUGGUUGCUGCUUUGUCUCGCCGUCGAAAUUAUAAACGGUGCGAUACUACUGGAGAAUCUACCACCAGAUUAUACAAAAAUGCCACCAAUAGGCCUUAUUGCAACUCUUGUGCUAUUUGAAACGAUAUGCUUGAUAAUAUGGCGAUUCGCUACCAUAUUCAUCACGCAAACACUACCAGAUCGCUCAGAUUUACGAUCGAAAAUUGAUCUUGUAGAAAAUUUCUUAUGUGUGUAUUUUGUUAUACGAAUUAUUCAUAUUUACAUAAAACUUUUCUAA